AUGCCUCGCACUUACGCCGAAGAGUGCGCCUUCAUCGAGCGUGUAUCAGAAUGUAAAUUCAAAAUUAAGAAAGGAUUUGUACCAAAUAUGAAUGUAGAAUGUCGAUUUUAUGUUAAUAAAAAACUCGAAGAGCUGAUGUUCGAAGAGCUACGGCUGUCGAUUGGGCGAUUGGGCAACGUCGCUGCUCUACCAGGGAUUGUUGGCUACUCUAUUGGGCUUCCUGACAUCCAUUCAGGAUAUGGAUUUUCUAUUGGUAAUAUUGCGGCAUUUGAUUGCGGAGACAAAAAUUCAGUGAUCUCUCCAGGAGGAGUCGGUUUCGAUAUCAAUUGCGGUGUUCGCUUAAUUAGAACUAAUCUUACGGAGAAGGAUGUGCAACCUGUAAAAGAACAGCUUACACAAGCCUUGUUCGAUUAUAUUCCUGUAGGUGUGGGUUCCCGUGGUGCUAUACCAAUGUCGGCUUCUGAUCUCGUUGAUUGUCUUGAAAUGGGAAUGGAUUGGACUUUACGAGAAGGAUACUCCUGGGCGGAGGAUAAAGAACACUGCGAGGAAUAUGGUCGGAUGCUGCAAGCAGAUGCAACGAAAGUUUCAACCAGAGCGAAGAAAAGAGGUCUUCCUCAGCUAGGUACACUGGGUGCCGGAAACCACUAUGCCGAAGUACAAGUAGUGGACGAGAUCUUUGACAAGCAUGCUGCAGCUAAAAUGGGAAUUGAUGAACUAGGUCAAGUAGUUGUGAUGCUGCACUGUGGAAGUCGUGGUCUUGGUCACCAAGUUGCCACCGAUGCAUUGGUUGAAAUGGAAAAGGCAAUGGCCCGCGACGGUAUACACGUUAAUGAUCGGCAGCUGGCUUGUGCCCGAAUAAGUUCCACUGAAGGACAGGAUUACCUGAAAGGAAUGGCUGCUGCGGCUAAUUUUGCGUGGGUGAAUCGGUCGUGCAUGACGUUUUGUGUACGUCAAGCUUUUGCCAACGUCUUUACGAUGCAGCCAGACGAUUUGGAUAUGCAGAUGAUCUAUGAUACAUCGCAUAACGUGGCGAAGAUGGAAGAACACUUAGUUGAUGGUCGUCCUGCGCAACUCUGCGUUCAUCGGAAGGGAGCUACUCGAGCUUUCCCACCACAUCAUCCCUUGAUACCCGUUGAUUACCAACUGACUGGACAACCAGUGCUGAUUGGUGGUAGUAUGGGAACUUGCAGCUACGUUCUCACGGGAACUGAACGUGGAAUGGUUGAAGCAUACGGUACAACGUGUCAUGGAGCGGUAGGUUCAUACAAUAAAAGUAAAUUAGGUAAGAGAAGACUGAAUGUGUUUUGGAAACUCGGACGACUGUCAUUAUCAAAACUUGCUCCUGAAUCGUACAAAGACGUCACGGACGUUGUCAAUACUUGCCACACUGCGGGAAUAAGUAACAAAACCGUGAAACUCCGACCGAUCGCUGUCAUUAAGGGUUGA